ACGCUAUAAAGGCGUAUUGCGAAUUUAACGUGUUUGUCCGAUGACGUCCACCACGUGACCGUCAGCGUUUGGCAUGUAUAAAUACACGCACACUCGCGUACGUAUAUGCGUGUACGGAAUAUGAUGUGGAACAUAUGUUGACGCAAGGCUUACGCCACGAGACGCCUCGUCGCUGAAAAAGUUUGGCCCUUCUGACUCGCGACAAGGUAUACUUGGGGUGUCAAACUCUCCGCCUAGACGUGUGCAUAGGAUUGCUCGUCUCUUUUCCAGGGACAGGCUUCGUUAAACGAAGAGAUGGCGACGUCCGAGAGUGACGCCGACUUCGAGAGCGCUGACGAAGAAUUGGGCCGCGGUGCCCCCGUUAAAAGAGCCACCCGGGUGACGGUCUACCGAACGACAGUGGACUCCGAGUCGGACGACGAUACCGAAUAUGUCCAACGCAUGCCUUGCGACAGCGCGGACUGGCAGAGAAGAUCCGAGACUUUCCGAAUGACGCCAGAUGUGUUGACGGGUCGAAAGACCCUGGUCGACGAUAAGGAUGAUAAAAUAGAUAGCGAUGUCAAAGUUGAAAGUGGUGUACGUCCUACCAAAUCGGUUGGUCGUGUAGAAGAGACCUCUAAUAAACAAGAGACCGCGUCCUCCAUCGAGUCAGAAAUAUCAACGCGAUCCUCGUCAACCUCUACGAUAUCAGCACAGAGCGAAGAUACUGAAUCUGUGAUAGAGAGUUGCAAGACCGUCGAAGCAAAUGCCAUGUCUAAAGUAGAAGCUACAAAGACCGAGUUGGGUGACAAAGAAAUCUCCCAAGCAAAGCAACGCCAAGGUGCAUCCUUCCGUCAGUUGGAUGCGAAAAAGUUAGGAACUAGACUUACAAAGGCUAAUGUCGGCGAACCUUGCGUCACUUCUAGUGCAGCUGCGGAACAGGAAGAUAAAUAUUCAGCAAAGUAUUCAAACGAGAAAUCCUUACCGUUUGUGAGCAAAGACAUGGAAUGUAAAUCGGAAGAAAAAUUAAAAACUCAAGUAACAGGUAAUCAAUCUAGACUGUCAAGUGAUUUGUCGGAAGUGGACAUGCCAGAAGAAUUAAAGUCGAAUAAAAAAUUUAAAGAAGUUUUUCAGCCUGAAGGUUGGGAAGGACUUGGAGAUGACGUCGAGUUGCCCGAUGAAUUGACAGAAGAGAAAUUACAGCCUGUAUUACAGAGGCUCUCCUUGGCAAACAAAGAAGAGAGCAAUGAUGAAAGUUCUUUAGGAAGCUGGGGCAACUGGGGAAAUUGGGGUGUAACCUCGUUAAUUAAUACAGCCACUGCAAGCGUGUCUACUCUAACUAGUCAUGUGUCUCAAGGAUUUACACUUUUGGAAGGUAUAGGAGCGCAGGACCCUACAGAAUUGGAAAGGAUAAAGCAGGAUACAGUCACCGCAACUGAUGGUGCACAGUCGGAGAUCCAGGAACAGGAAAGUCGAUCGUAUGGUUCGUUCGGAUUUGGGAAUUUGAUAUCAGGAGUGUCUUCAAUUACAAAACUGGUCGAGUCCACCGGUAGCAAAGUUAUGACGGGUGGUUUGGAUACAUUGGAGGCUAUUGGGAAGAAAACGAUGGAGGUACUGCAAGACGGUGAUCCCGGAUUAAAGAAGAAAAGAGCCUUUUUCAUGAACGAGCCCGGGAAACCAAACUUGUCGCAAAUUCUCAGAGAAGCGAAGGAAAAAGCCGAAACCGAGGAGAAAACGAUCGAGGAACGCGAAUUGGCGAGGAAAGUGCAUUUCGAGAGUCUGUUCGACGAUUAUCAGGGACUCGUACACUUGGAAGCUUUAGAAAUGUUAUCAAAGCAGAGCAAUAUGAAAAUUCAGCAACACUUAAUCGAGUUGGAUACAAACGACCUGACUUCCGUGCAAGAAACAUUGGAAGAGAUCAAAGAACUUUGCGAUUUAGGUGAUGAAGAUGAUGAAAAUAAAGAUGAUAAAGAUUUGAAACGCAGAUUAGAGAACGCUUGUCACGACCUCGGUGUCGAUAUUACUUACGAAAAAUUAUAUGAUGUUUGGACAGAAACGGAAAAUUAUCUUGCGUCAUCCUCGACGUACACCGAUCAGGAGAUCUUCCAGAAUGCUAUAUCGACAUUGGCACAGUUCACAGCAUUCUCCGUAGAAAGAUUUCAUAAAACGGCAGAAUUGUUGUUAAUCAAGGAACGUCGCAGUACAGUGAACGAAGCGGACGCCUUGGUGCAACUUACCAAUAUUCUGUCCAAUCACAUUAGCUUAUUGGCCAAUUCGUUCUGCGAUACAUUGCAUCAAUUUGCCGAGACUGCGGAAAAAUCAGAUAACAUCAAUGCGAAUAUAACAACGAUUUUCUUAGAAGCUGCUAAUGCAAAUUCGUAUAUUCAAGAUGCCUUUAGACUUCUCAUUCCUAUUCUGCAAGUUGGUGCGAUCUAACGAUAUUUCGCGUUGUCAUCGAAUACAAAAUAGUUACAGAUAUACAUAUAUGAUAAUCAAUACAUCUACAUGUACACACACACACACACACACACUGGGAUCUAUUGGACAGAUUUUAAUAGAUUGUUUUAAUGUAUUUGUGCCUCAAUAAUGCACACAUUACAAAAUAAUUAAACUUUAGAAUUUAAUAAUAAAAAGUAUGGUUUUUGAUGUGUGUAAGAUACGGAAUAUCUGUAACGUAAGGUACAAAUUCCAAUCAAGAUUACGCUAUAUGUAUAUAUCGACAACAAAUGUAAAAAAAAAA